UUAACCUUUUUUUUCUAAAGCAGAGAUCUGAAAUAAAUAUGAUAUCAUCACCAAAGUGUGUAGUAGAUGCAAUAGCGGCCCUCUCACAGGACCAAAAGAAUAAGAUCAAAGAGUUGGGCUUUGGGGAGCUUCUAAAGUUUAGUUUAGAUGGCUUUGGAGACCGCUACAUGCUAGAAUUCCUCAUGGACCACACAGACCCAGAAAAUAUGGAAAUUCGAGUGGGGGGAGGAGAUAAGAACCUGCCCAUCAAUGAACACGUAGUACAAUGCGUUCUUGGCGUGCCAACUGGAAAGGGAAGAGACACACCAGAUUCCCCCUACAUGGAAUCUGAACUUAACAAUCUGAGAACAGAGCUUGGUGUCAAAACUGACAAAAUUAAAAGCUCUGACCUCAUAGCCAAGAUCAAUGGUGGUGGCAUAGACUAUUUGACCAUCCGUUGCUUUUUUAUUCUGUUGUGCUACAAACUUCUGUUCCCUGGUUCACAAAACCAUGUUACCGAGCGGGAGGUUGCCCUGACCCAUUCACCCAAGGACAUUGCGGAGGUGAACUGGGCAAAGGCUGUUGUCGAUAACCUCCGUUCGGCAGCCCGCAAGUGGCACUCUGAUAAGUUGGCGGUUUCAAAGAAGAAAAGGACACUCUCUGGUUCUGUGACAUUCUUACUGGUAUGUGGUUUGUGCUUUUUGUUUAGGCAUAUCUAUUGUUCUUCUACAAUUAUUUGUUUACCACAGUUGUAUUUUGUUUCCCCACAGUUGUACUAUCUAGACCAUCUACGGAGUCCUCACAGUAUACCUUGCAUUAUCACCCCGAGGACUUCCGUCUACACCACGGAUAUUAUCAAAAAAAUCAUAAAAGCAGACAAGAGGAGUCGCAGUGGUCACAUUUAUGGCCUCCUAGAUUUCAGGAGCAUGGUGGGUACAUGCUAUUCAAUGGGUAGUAGGCAACUUGUUCCGAACAUCAGAAUUGAACCGUUGCAUUCCAAUUUUUUUCAAGAUUUAAGCCCACGAAAGAGGGAAAUUGCCACAUCAUAUGUCAACACAGUUGACAUUUUGAUGGAACAAAUUUUGAAGGAGAGGAAUCAGUUUAUGAUCUCCAUGGGCGCGCAAGAUGCCCAGAACAGCAGCAGAGCAGCUGAGCCUCAGGGCGGUGACUCAGGGAUCCAAGAUGAUCCCCGGAACGAGCAUUCUGAAGCUUAUCCUUCUCCUGCUGCUGAUGAUGCUCUUCCUUCUGAUGACACUAAUCCCAGGUAUGCCGAGCUAGCAGAAGCUAUGUCUACCAGGGAGCAGAAGAGGAAGGAACCAAGUAGUAUGACUCAGCCUGAUGCCAAGCGGGUGAUUAGAUUCGUGUAUUCUAGGGUGCCGAAGAGCAAGGAACCAAGUAGUAUGACUCAGCCUGAUGCCAAGCGGGUGAUUAGAUUCGUGUAUUCUAGGGUGCCGAAGAGCAAGGAACCGAGCAGUGCUGAAGACGGUAGCUCUGUUCCUCCUCCUCCUACUGAUGAAGAUGGUGAUGGCGCCACAUUUGAGGGAAGGAAAAGGCAAGAGAAGCCAAAAGGUGACUACACAUUACAAGAGAUCUAUGCUUCUCUCACGCCGGAGGAAGAAGAAGAAGUUGAGCAAGAUAAUGACAGAAUUAAAAGAUAUCUGUUCUACAAAGUUUUAGUGAAAGAACUUGCCAAUUUUGAUAAAGUAUUCAUUCCAGUGAAUCAAAACAAUAAACAUUGGACCCUAAUAGUGAUAGACGUUAAGGAUAAAGUUAUUCAAGGAUAUGAUUCCCUGGGUCAUGAGUACAACCAUGCAUUGAAAUUGAUGGUAGGCCUGGAUACACAUCUUUAUAGGAGGCGAAUAGCAAAGGCAAUACUGGAUGAUGUACAUGAAGGUGAUCCUAAAGGUCUGAGGGAGGAGUUUGAAGCUAUUGUUUUUGUCAAUUCUGAUUGCUUCUACUUUCACAUUGCUAUCUGA